AUGGAGGAGAGUCCCUGGGCGGGGGCUGUCCCGGGGCUCCACGCGGGGCCGCCGCUCCGUGGGGCUGCAGGUGCGGGGCCGGGCCAGGGCAGCCGCCUCUGCCAGGCGCGGGAGCUGGCCCGGCACAGGGAGCGGGCACUGACCUGCCACAUGACUCCGGAUCGCUCCCGCCUCUGGAGGCGGAUUCUGGGGCAGAUCCUCGCGAAACCAGGGCUGGGCUGGGGCGUGGAGUGCCGCUGGCAGGCCCCGGCGGGGAGGAGCGGGGCGGCAGCUCCCUUGUCCCGCCCGCCUGUUUCUCUCCUGCCUGCCUGCGUCCCUGCCGGUUUCUGCCUCCCUACUUCCCUGAAUGCCUGCCUCCUCUUCUGUCUUCCCCCCGCUGCCUUCUCCGGCUGUGGGAGGCUUCAUCCAAACACUGCCGAGUCCUUGAAGCCCGUCUGGGCCUCGGCGAGCUCCUCGGUGUCUCACCGAGCUCUCCCGGGCCGGGCGGUGGCUGCGGGCAGGAGACGAGCCACCGAGCAAAAUUGCAGUCGGAAUUCACUGGAGGGAACGGCCGGUGUGAGACAGAUCGUACAGAGAUGGGACAGGGAAGGGCCGGUGUGGGACAGACCGUACAGAUGGGACAGCUCUGCACGGCACAGCCAAGGGGCCGCAGCUAGGGCCAGCUCCAGCCGAGACGGGGAGAAGCCACACCAGCACCCGCUCACCAUUGCUUCUUGUCUCCUUGCCGGCUCUGCUUCUCUGUUCGUUACCUCAAGGCACGGGCGAGGUGAGGUGUUCUGUCAUCUAGCAUUUGGGUAUGUUGUCUGGUGUCCAGCCCUGAAUGUGUGGCAACUAUUCCUGUUGUUGAGAACAACACUCUGUGGCUUACACUAUUGGAUUUGAUCAUGGGCUUGACCACAUGUGGGAGCAGAUGCUAAGGGUCCUGGAGGCUUCAGCAAAAUUCCUUCUCCUCCACGCUUGGUGACACAAGACCUGUGAAAUAGAGUGAAGCUGUGUCCUGGCAACGUGCAUGGGCCGGUGAAUUGGGAAGCAUGGUCAGGCUGGUGAGUGGCAUGGGAGGGGGAGGGAAGGAUGGGGGAAAGGACAUGGGGCUUUAAUGGACUCCACAGAGGUCACGGAACAACUUUCACCAACACAAUACCAGUUUAGAGAAAGCAGGGUGGCUGCAGUUGGUACUCACCGGGGG